AUUUAAUUUACACAUCUGCUAGGAAUGAAACAGUACGCUACACAGGACGCAGGGACACAGCUCUAACAUUCCCACCACACAAGCUUCCCAUGGUUAUUCAACGUAUUCAUUUUCUAUCGCUGCAACAGGCAGUUAAAGUUAGUUGUAUAACUUCCAUGUGUUGCAUAACUUUGAGUCGCACAUUGCUCCAGUGUGUUCUGCCUCACCUGUCAUGGUGGAACGGAGCUCCCACGUCUGUCGUUACGUAUUCCUGUGACGUUUCACCGGGAGAAAUGUUACUUAAGCAACUUUUAUGGCUCAUGUCACCGCUGAGAAGUCAUCCGAUCAUCAGAUAAACUCACCGAGAGGAAAAAAAGUAAACAUAUGGCUCUCAGAAGCACUAUCACUCGUCUGCUCACCAACAGCCAGAAAUGUGCUGUUGUCACAGCAUCAAGAGCCCAGGGCACAGCUGCUGCAGCUCAGAAAGAUGCUGAAGAAGUCAAUAAGCCAAAGGCAAAGGCAGCCAAGGUGCCAUUCAACUGGCGGGACGCUCUGGAUCUGGAGGGUCAGCUGACAGAGGAGGAGAUCAUGAUCCGAGACUCCUUCCGUGACUACUGCCAGGAAAAACUCAUGCCUCGCAUCAUCAUGGCCAACAGACAUGAACAUUUCCACCGUGAGAUUGUCUCAGAGAUGGGAGAGUUGGGUGUGCUAGGCCCAACUAUUAAAGGGUACGGCUGUGCUGGCACUAGCUAUGUGGCAUAUGGUUUGAUCGCCAGAGAGGUCGAGAGGGUGGAUAGUGGGUAUCGGUCAGUAAUGAGUGUCCAGUCAUCACUGGUCAUGCACCCAAUCAAUGCUUACGGCACAGAGGCUCAGAAGGAGAAGUACCUGCCAAGGCUUGCUCGUGGAGAAAUCCUGGGCUGCUUUGGCUUGACAGAGCCAAACCACGGCAGUGAUCCCAGCAGUAUGGAGACUAAGGCCAAGUAUAACCCAUCCAGCGGUACCUUCACUAUCAGUGGAGCCAAGACCUGGAUCACAAAUUCCCCUGUGGCAGACAUCGCAGUGGUCUGGGCAAAGUGUGAGGAUGGCAAGGUGAGGGGUUUCAUCUUGGAGCGUGGAAUGAAGGGUUUUGCCACCCCCAAGAUUGAAGGCAAGUUCUCACUGAGGGCGUCCGCCACUGGCAUGAUCCUGAUGGACGAAGUGGAAGUUCCUCAGGAAAACCUGCUGCCCAACGUCUCCGGUCUGGCUGGUCCCUUUGGCUGUCUCAACAACGCCCGGUAUGGCAUUGCCUGGGGAGCUCUGGGAGCUGCCGAAUUCUGCUUCCACGCUGCCCGACAGUACACUCUGGACAGAAUCCAGUUUGGGGUGCCACUGGCCAGGAACCAGCUGAUGCAGAAGAAGAUGGCUGACAUGCUGACAGAGAUCACUAUUGGUCUGCAGUCAUGCCUGGCCCUGGGGAGACUUAUCGAUGAGAAGAAAGCAUCACCAGAGAUGAUCUCCAUGCUGAAGAGGAAUAGCUGUGGCAAGGCUUUGGAUAUUGCCAGACAGGCCAGAGACAUGUUGGGAGGAAACGGCAUCGCAGAUGAGUACCACAUUAUCCGUCACGUCAUGAACCUGGAAGCUGUCAACACAUACGAGGGAACUCAUGACAUUCACGCCUUGAUCCUGGGCAGAGCCAUCACUGGACUGCAGUCUUUCACUGUUGGAAAGUAAAGCUUUUCCUCUGUCUUCUUGAAAUGGACUUGAUGUGGAACAGCACUGUGCUUCCUAACAUGGCCUCACUGGGCAAAAUUACAUUUGCUGAAACAGGAGGUGCAAUUAAUCUGCCUCACAUGAGGAGUUUUUCCCUGAGAAACCACAGUCACAAAUACCUCAUCACAUUUACAGCAUGUUUUCAAAUAACUGAGGGGAACAGUCUAUUAUCGUCUCUUACUGAUAAUAUGUAAUGUCAACCAAACAAAGCUUUGGGUCCAACUGAGAUAUGAGACAUUUGUACAAUUAAAAUGCCAGAAACAUACUUCAAUCAUUUAUAAGGCAUGAGAUGGUUUAUUUUGUGAUAAUUUAAAAGAAUGUAAAUAAAUAGUUUUGAAUGAGUGAGAAGAUAUAGACAAGCUGAGGUGCUGUUUGUGUGAAACCCUUAAUACUCUGUAAUCAAAUAAAAUUCUCAUCUGUUAUUAA